AUGUCCGGCAACGCCACAAGCGAGCAGCUCCCGGCUGUCCCCUCAGACAUUACUGCCGAAUGGCUUGGCGCCAAGCUCGGACAGAAGAUCAAGUCCAUUGAGAACACCCACAACAUCUGGGGAACCGGCAGCAAGCUGUUCUACACCAUCACGUACGAGGAUGAGAGCAGCAGCAAGCCGAGACCGUCCCACGUCUGCAUCAAGGGCGUCUUCGACCCCAAGAUGAUUGAGGAGCAGCCGUGGACGGUCAGUCUGGCUCAGCGAGAGGCCGACUUCUUCUCAAAGAUCGCCCCUGGUCUGGAGAACAUGCUGUUCCCCAAGGGCUGGUGGAGCGGCCAGAACGAGAAGCAGGGAAUCGCCAUUAUGGACGACCUGACCAAGGACGGUGUCCAGUUCCCCCCCGAAGUCGCCUCAUACUCGGUCGACCAGGUCAUGAACGGCGUCCAGCAGCUGGCUGGCCUGCACGCAAAGUACUGGGGCCAGAGUCAAGACGACCACCCUUGGAUCUGGAACAACUACGACCCGGCAAUGAAGUUCAUGUGCACGCCGUGGGACGAUGUGGUGCGACAGCCAGGCCGGCCCCAGCUGCCCGAGUACCUCAUGGACGGUACGCGCUGCAACGAGGCCCUGGAUCGCUACUACGCCGAGCGAAACCCGCGGUUCCGGACGCUGCUGCACGGCGACACGCACAUGGGCAAUGUGUACGUGACAUCCGACGGCCGCAUCGGGUUCCUGGACUGGUCGGCCUUCCACUUCGGCUCGUGCUUCCACGACGUCGUCUACCACAUGACGGCGAUGCUGACUGUCGAGGACCGCCGCGCCCACGAGAUGAAGAUCCUGGACCACUAUCUCGAGACGCUGCACCGCCUCGGUGGCCCCAAGUUCGACCGCCACAACGACCCGGAGGUCAUGACCGAGUACAAGCGCUCCUUCAUGACCAACGUGAUCUGGAUCAUCUGCCCCGAGUCGCUGCAGAGCAAAGAGCGCAUAGCCGUGCUGUGUGAGCGCACCGUGGCCGCCUACAACGACCACAAGGUCAUUGAUGUGAUCCUGGACGCGCCCAAGCCGGCUGCUGCUGCCUGA